AUGUGUAGGUCAGUCACACAUCACAACCAAACCUUCAGCAAAAGUUUGUCUACCGCCGCUCACACUCGGAACAUAUACAGAGGAGGUGACAGUGACGAGGAGGACAACAGUGACGAGGAGGAAAACAGUGACGAGGAGGACAACAGUGACGAGGAGGACAACAGUGACGAGGAGGACAACAGUGACGAGGAGGACAACAGUGACGAGGAGGACAACAGUGACGAGGAGGACAACAGUGACGAGGAGGACAACAGUGACGAGGAGGAAAACAGUGACGAGGAGGACAACAGUGACGAGGAGGACAACAGUGACGAGGAGGACAACAGUGACGAGGAGGACAACAGUGACGAGGAGGACAACAGUGACGAGGAGGACAACAGUGACGAGGAGGACAACAGUGACGAGGAGGAAAACAGUGACGAGGAGGACAACAGUGACGAGGAGGACAACAGUGACGAGGAGGACAACAGUGACGAGGAGGACAACAGUGACGAGGAGGACAACAGUGGCGAGGAGGACAACAGUGGCGAGGAGGACAACAGUGGCGAGGAGGACAACAGUGACGAGGAGAACAACAGUGACGAGGAGGACAAUAAUGGGGUGUAA